AUGGCAUCUCCAAUUUGGUUAGUGGGACUUGCCCUAAUCUUAGCUUCGAUCUCUCCCACGGUUGCCAAAAGCUACCCGAAAGACUUCGUCGAUGCCCACAAUGUCAUCCGUGCCGAGUAUGGCGUCGGCCCGGUGUUUUGGAACACCACUUUGGCUAUCUAUGCUCGAAAAUUUGCCAAAACAAAGAUAGGUAACUGCAAGUUGGAGUACUCUAAUGGACCUUAUGGCGAAAACUUGGCGGAAGCAUACGAUAAUACAACAGCAAAAUUGACCGUGGACAAGUGGGCUAUGGAGAAGAAGUAUUAUGACUACAAAGAAAACAAGUGCAUGGAAGAAGAGUGCGGCCAUUUCAGGCAGGUGGUGUGGAAGGACACAACAUCUAUUGGCUGCGCUGAAAUUGAGUGCAUCAAGGAUUAUAUUUUCACCGUUUGCAACUAUUAUCCUUCGGGAAACCAUUUGAACGAACUUCCUUACUAAACUUGAUCUCAAAAUAAAAUCAUAGUCAGAAGAACAAAGAAACUGUAUAUCUAGUGUUGUGAAACAAAGA